AUGCAUUUGUGAAACGAAGCUAAGCAAAGAUACAAUUACAGUAUUCUCCCAAAAUGUGAGAGUUGUUUCCCAUGAAGAGUGUAAAGAACAUUGCAACACUACUUGUUUGGAACUUAUGGAUACCGAUGCUGAUGAAAGUUUGAAGCAAAAAUGUAAAGACUUUCUGCACACAUGUCGAACUGGAGAGGGUUAUUUUCACUGGUAAAUGGAACUACGCAUUUGCAUUGCAUUCAACGCGACAUCUUUAUUAAACUCAAUUGCAUUAAAUUUAAUUUAUCUAUGUUACAAUUGUGCAUAUAAGCAUGAGAUAGUUAUCAAUUGAAGGCAAAGCUUUAUGAAUGGCAUUGUGUAAAGAUCGUGAAAAACGGAAAUAAACUUGAAAAUUAUAAGCUAUAAAAUAUUUUAUAAAAAGUGAUUAAAUUUCUUUCGUUUUUAUCUUCUUCCGAUCAUAAUGAAACUCGUGAUUUUUCUGUGUUUGCUUUCACUGAGUUUGUCAGCAAAUACAUAUAUGAAUAUUGCCCAAUGUUCGGAUUUGGAUUGUCCCGAUACUAUUGAAACAGUCUGGGCCAUGACCAAAUAUUGCACUGCCUUUCGCAACAAAUGCUACUUCGACAUGGCCAAUUGCUUUUCUGGAUUUCUGUUUGGUCGACAGUUCAGAGCUGUUUCCUACGAAGAAUGCAAAGAACAUUGCAACACAAAUUGCUUGCGUUUGGAUUAUAAAAGAACCGUCGACAACUAUACUAUAGAUUUACAAAAAUCCUGCAUAGAUAUUCUGAUCGGUUGCAAAACUGGCCAAAUAACCUGGUAGUUGAAGCCACAAGAUGUUCGAAUACAAUUAUUAUUUUUACUCUCAAUAUUAUUGUACUUCCAUAAAUAAAUUAUAUUAUAUGCAAUAUUAUAAA